AGGCAAGCUGAAGGAGGUGAAUAUGAAGGCUGAUCUGGAGGCUCCCCUGCCUGCUGGACAGGAGGAUUCCGCGAUCCGGUGCCAAGAUGUGUGCAGGUCGUACGGCAAACUGAAGGUCCUCAGCAACCUCAACCUGACUGUGCCGCAGGGACACAUUUAUGGUCUUUUGGGCCCAAGUGGAUGCGGGAAGACCACGCUGCUGAAAUGUAUUGUGGGAACUCUGAAAAUUUCACGGGGUCAAAUCACUGUGUUGGGCAAGCCGCCCGCAUUUCCUGGUCAUGACAUCCCAGGGAGGAAGGUCGGAUACAUGCCGCAGGAGCUGGCGCUGUACAAUGAGUUCACCAUCAGUGAUACGCUGACCUUCUUCGGACGAAUCCACGGCCUGACAUCGAAGGACACGCAGGCACGAAUGAACUUCCUCGUUGACUUCCUGGCUCUACCUCAGAAGCACAGCCUGGUCCGAAAUCUCAGUGGGGGUCAGAAGCGCAGGGUGUCUCUCGGAGCGGCUCUGCUUCAGAAUCCAGAGCUCCUCAUUCUGGAUGAACCAACAGUAGGAGUGGACCCUGUGCUCAGGUCAAAGAUUUGGCAGCAUCUUGUGGAGAUUGUGAAGACAGGGAAAGUCUCCGUUAUCAUCACCACACACUAUAUAGAGGAGGCCAGGCAAGCCAACGUGGUCGGUCUCAUGCGGAACGGCUGCCUGCUGGCUGAGGGUCCUCCAGACGCUGUCAUGAAGCAGCACAGUGCAACAACUUUGGAGCACGCCUUCCUGCAGCUGUGUGAGACGUCGGACCAGAUCGACUCUAAACGAGGGUCCAGUCCGCAGGGUGGGGUGUUGGAGAACAGCCAAUCAUUCGAGAGCGGGCGGGAUGAGAGUCGUCCAAUUCUCGGACUCGGAGCAAGACCUGUAGAGGAAUUCCCUAAAUAUUCAGCGGACUGGAAGGUGCGAGCCAGACAUAUGCUGCCUAAGUGGAGAAACAUCUCCGCCCUGAUGAUCAAAACCAUGGUGCGGAUGAAGAGAAUGCCGGGCUCGUUGUGUUUCCAGUUCUUGCUGCCCGUCAUCCAGAUCGCUCUGAUCGCUUUGUGUGUCGGAGGAGACCCGAAGGGGAUCGAGGUUGCCGUGGUGAACAACGAGACCUCCUCCUCCGCUUACAGCCUAUCACUGCUGUCCUUCUUGGACAACUCUAGCGUGCACCAGGUGCCGUUGUCUCAAACAGACGCUUUUAAUGGGGUCUAUAACGGAGAGUACUGGGGUGUCAUCGGCAUUGGCAAAAACUUUACCAGUUAUCUGACAAAAAGGAUGCUCCAGCGGCAGGUUUCUAGGGAGGUGGUCGAUGGAGGAUCAGUGCACGUCUGGCUGGACCUGACGAAUCGACAAAUUGCCUUCAUGCUGCAGAAGAAACUACACGAGGCCUUUCAGGCUUUUGUGGAUAAUAAGUUGGGCAGUAUGUCUUACCUGGUCGCCCUGCCGAUAAAGUUUGAAGAGCCGAUCUAUGGCAGCCAAAACACAGACUUCACUACGUUUGUGACACCUGGAGCUGUGCUCAGUAUCACCUUCUACCUGGCUGUGGGUCUGACGGCCCUCUCCUUUGUCCUGGAGAGGAAGGAGGGGCUUCUGGACAGAUGCUGGGUCGCAGGUGUGAGCUCCAUGGAGACGAUGCUAGCUCACCUCUUCUCUCAGCUCUUUGUCAUCAGCGUUCAGAUCAUCCUGCUGCUCCUCUUCAUACUGCUCGUCUUCAAGAUGCCUAAUGAAGGCUCCUUGACGCUGGUCAUCAUUCUGAUCGUGCUGCAGGGCAUCACCGGCAUCUCGUUUGGCCUGGUCAUUUCAGCUGCUAUUGAUGACGAGCAGAGCGCCAAUCAGGCUUCCCUGGGCGUCUUCUACCCCAACCUCAUCCUCAGCGGUAUCAUCUGGCCGGUGGAGUGUAUCCCCUAUCCUCUCCGCUACAUCAGCCUGGCACUUCCUCAGACGUACGCCUCCGAAGCUCUCCGCUGUAUUAUGUACAGAGGUUGGGGUCUGUCUCGGUUGCUGGUGUGGCGAGGCUUCGCGGUCACUCUGGGCUGGAACACUUUCUUCCUCAUCCUGGCCACGGUCAUCUUAAAGCUGAGGACGUGACAGCCUCGCCUCAGAGACCGUCCUUCAGUGUGGGGUCGAGCCAUCAGGUGAAGCCCAGGAGCCAAACACUGACCUGGGAACUCCUGUCUGUGGGUGCACCGGGGCAGCAGAGAGCAGGAGGAGAAUAGACUGAUUCACAAGUCUCACUCCUCCUCCAGAUGAUCUCUUUCUCUCUCUCUCACACACACACUAACACACACAGACACACACAGACACACACAAACACACUCCUGAAGCCCCCAGCCAGCUGCCUGAUCCUGCAACAGUUGCGUUGGCCCAUUCAAGCGCAGGGUUCAUUUCAAAAUGCUGCACAUAGAAGUACACAAGAUAGAAUAUACACGAGCACAAUAUGAGAAUAUUUGCUAAACUGUGUGUUUCCCUUCUAUCUGCAGCUUGUUGAAACUCUUUACCCCCCCAGAAUGGACCUUUCACCAACUCAGGGUCGCCUUUUUAUUUCUGUUUGCCCCUAGUCUUAAUGCUAAUAUAGAGAGAUUUCUGUGAUACACUUUAUUUCAAAGUAGUUGAGGCCUAAGAAGUCCAUUUUGGGGGAAAAAAGAGAAAAAUAUGGUGGUGAAUAUACUGACUGUAACUGUAAGACAUCGGUUUUGUCUGUACAGUAUUUUAUUGUGUACCUUAUAUUUGCAUUAUAGAUAAAAUGUAUCUAAAGUGUCCAAAAAAUAGUCUCAGCACAAAAAAAGUGUUUUUAAAGACUAUACAAUGUGAAAAUUGAAUUUCACAUUGCUUGUUGCAGUAUAUCGUGGGAACCCAAAACAGAAUUUUUAGGUGUUGAUCGCUUGACUCUGACCAGGAAAUUAUCACCCAUUCUGGCUUCCCACAGCAACAGUGUCUUCUCUAGUUUGCGUGCUCUGUUCAGUUUAGUUUUCCUGUCUGGUGAGUAACAGGAAGUGGUAUCUGUGUCCCGGCUCGGUGCGUUACCAGGUGCUUGCAAACCGCCGUUUAGAAAUGCGUCGUCAUCAGUUCAGCUGUUGUUUUCAGUCUCUGUAACUUGUGUUUUGUGCCUGCAUCUCCUGUGGGAGAAAAAAAAUGGGGGUUUCAUGUUGGUGAUGGGAAAGUUUUGGUUCUGUAUCAUUUUUUUUUAAAUACUCUCCACUUUGCUGGACAGAGUGGAGGCCGUUGGGUAGAUUAUUUUCACAGGUCAGGCUCUUCAAGCCUUCCUGCAUCCAUAUGAAAUAUAUUUUUACUCAACAAGCUGUUCAUACUUUAUAUUUUGUUUAUUCAUCUUUCAACAACAAUAACACAGACUAUUUAAAAAAAGCACAGAGGAAUUAUGCUGUAUUGGACUCAAUAUGUCUUGGACAUGUGCCUUUGGGAUGUUGUGGUGUCACUGUGGGAAAAGGGAAGAAAAAUUCAAUCAAAAUCAAAAAAUGAGGAAGAUAUCUUUUUUAAACUGCAACCAAGCUAUUUGGGUAGGCUAGACUUUUUAUUAAGACUUAAAUUGUAGGGUAUUUUUCCAAUUUGAAAUGUACAAACAAAAUAUGUACAUGUAAAAAUAAAAGAUGAUAAGAUCAGAGUGGCUACUUGCUAAGAAAAAGUAACCUGUCACUAUAAAAGAUAACUGCAGUCUGAUUUAAACACGUUAUUCAGUCUACUCUAUGAAGACCGGACAUAUUGAUCUCUAAACCAGCAAACUCUUUGAUUUGCACAUUGCCUGUAAAGCAAUGGUUCGACAUUUUGGAGAAAAAGGCUCAUUUGCUUCAAAAAGUUAGAUGAGAGGAUAGAUACCACUUUCAUAAGAAGCACGCUAAAUAUGAAGUUUAGGUUAGCAUAAAGACUGUGAACCUCUGAAGCUCACUAUUUCUUGUCCAUGAGUAUUGAUUUCCUGGCGUUGCGAUGUCACGAUGAGUUUGUUAGGUAAUGAGCAGAGAGUCCAGCAUAUGACCAGCUGUUACCUUCAUAUUUACCUUACAAACAUGUGAGUGGUAUCCAUCUUACACGCAGCAAGAAAGCACGUAAAUGUGUUCCAAAUUAAGUCCAGAUUCACAUGUUGUACCAAUGUAAUAAAAAAUGUUUACAUUCAUCUAGAGGCAUGCUUAAUAAAUCUGAACAUUUUUUUUAUUGGCAGAUAUUUUACCCAGUUGGACUGUAAAACUAGACACAUAUACCAGCAUGUGUUGUGUUUAGAUGUGUUUGUGAAUGUUCCUUCUGCCUCGUAGCUACGAUGCUACACGUUGCAGUGCCGGUAAUGCCAGUAAUACUCAUGUAAUGAAGAACUUGUGUUUCCAUUAACAGGAUUCAUAAUGAAUCAAAAUGAGCUUUGGUUUGCGCUGGAUUACGUCAUGGUCCAAUGGUAUACAAGUAUAUACGGUAUGAUGUGUGUAGUGUUAGGUGUUGAAUAUUUGGGAGACAGUUCCCCCGCACUGUAAAUCUGCUGUUGCUGUAAUUGCUCUGCAGUACAUUCAUCAGUGUUGCUAUCGCACAUUUUUAAGGGAUGUUGUUUUCUUGUUUGAUAGAAACAGAGGAGCGAUAGCCUCUCGCUAAUAGAAGCAGCUUUCUAUUACGAUCACAUGACACCGAGAUGCUUCUAACUGGAGGAUAUAUUCUGUAGCUCUGUUCGCAUUACUUCCAUGACAGGAAGUUGAGGAUGAAUCUCACAUACUGGUGGGAUUACCUCAGUGCCUCAUCGCCUCCCAACACACAAUACUGACUUUAAUGUUGGUGUCACUGAGGUGAAAGUAUGGACAAUUCUUUGGCUUUUUUGACAGUUUCUGGAAUAUUUGGGAUAUUAUCGCCAAAAACUGUGUAUGAUUGUCACGUGAUGUAUUGCAUUUUAGAGGAAUUACCUUAUGUUCACUGGUAACAUUCAAAUACUCUUAUCCAGUCUGUAAAUCUACCCAUAAAACCAACUAACCAUUUUAUAAAAGUAAGAAAUAAAACUUCUCAUGCAUAAUACAUUUGACAGUAAUUACAUGGACUGCAAUUAUCUCACUGAAGACACAAUUCAUGGGCUGGUUUUAUAUCACCAUGUUGCUGCUGUGAUUUAACCUUUGAAAUGACUAAAUACCUUAAAAAUUCAAACCUAUUUUCUCAAUCAGUUUCCUGAUGUGAGCGACGGGAUCACACAUGAACACGCCAACAUUCAAUCAGUUUUGAUUGUUCCACAUGGGAGAUUUAUGUCAGGUAUUUCCGUUUAUCAAUCAGACUAUUAGUUAUACUUGAAUGAAUCUGAAUCAGAUGACAUUUGAGGGGUUGUUUGCUCAUGUUUUCUCCUACUUAUCUCAAAUCUGAUCAAACCACACCCAGUUCUGAUGAAAAUUAGCCAAGUUGAUGAGUGUUAAACUAACAAUAAAUAUAAUAAAUAAUAGCUUAACACGUUUUCUCUGAACUUUAACUAAGAUUGUUGCUUCUUUACUUACAAGUUUAGAGAAAUACCUAGGAUUUCAAACCAGAUAUUAGGGGCUUUAAGGUGAAUACAUUCAUUCAUAUUGUCUUCUACCGUCCUCUUACUUUAAUUAAGUUGAUUAUAAAGUCCUGCUAACUGGAAGUAUCCAGCUCUUAUUCUGAGUUUUGUCUUCAUCUGGUUAAUAUGGGGUUAUUGCAGUUCAUGUAAACAUAUGAAAGUUUGUGUAACCAGGAUGAAUAACGUCCGCUCUUCUCUAAACUCCAGUCGACUACCUCCGCUGUCUCUCCCCCAAAGGGCAUGUGAAGCAUUUACACUCCUGUGUUGUGACAUGUAUGCACUGUGAUGGCAGACAUGCUUCGAUGAAGUUCUGUUCAUGUAUUUUGAAACAAUAAACCUCGA